UGUACCUCUACUGAUGGAACAGGGUCACUCCAACGUUCUCCUGCAGCCGCCCAGCACCACCUAACAUUUCCUGGAAGAACGUGUCCAUUGCCUGCUCCCAACAAACAUGGACUGUUUUCCCAUGCUUUAUUUUCUGUCGAGACAUCAUGAUUCCUGGUAAUCGAAUGCUGAUGGUCAUUUUAAUAUGCCAAGUCCUGCUGGGAGAGAGCAACCAUGCUAGUCUGAUACCUGAAGAAGGGAAAAAGAAAGUACCGGGCCUGCAGGGUCGUUCGGCCGCUCAGAGCCAUGAACUGCUGCGGGACUUCGAGGCCACGCUGCUGCACAUGUUCGGCCUCAAGAAGCGGCCGCGGCCCAGCCGCUCGGCCUCUGUGCCCCGCUACCUGCUGGACCUCUACCGGCUACAGUCAGGGGAGGCUGAGGAGGCCGGGGCGCACGACAUCGCUUUUGAGUACCCGGAGAGGUCAGCCAGCCGGGCCAACACUGUGAGGGGCUUCCACCAUGAGGAGCACAUGGAGAGGGUUCACGACGUGGACGAGGGAGAAACGGCGCCCCUUCGCUUCCUCUUCAACCUCAGCAGCAUCCCCGAGGACGAGCUGCUCUCCUCGGCCGAGCUGCGUCUCUACCGCCACCAGAUCGACGAGGCCAUCGCCAGCGCCUUCUCCUCCUCCGGCGACCAGGGCCUCCACCGGAUAAACGUGUACGAGGUGCUGAAGCCGCCGCGGCCCGGCCAGCUGAUCACGCAGCUGCUGGACACGCGGCUGGUUCGCCACAACGCGUCGCGCUGGGAGAGCUUCGACGUGAGCCCCGCCGUGCUGCGCUGGACCCGCGAGGGCCUCCCCAACUACGGGCUCGCCGUGGAGGUGCUGCACCUCAACCAGACGCCGCGCCACCAGGGCCGGCACGUCCGCGUCAGCCGCUCGCUGCACCGCGAGCCCGGCGAGGACUGGGAGCAGCUGCGCCCCCUGCUGGUCACCUUUGGCCACGACGGGAAGGGUCACCCGCUGACCCGCCGGACCAAGCGCAGCCCCAAGCCGCGGGGACGCAAACGCAACCGCAACUGCCGGCGCCACGCGCUGUACGUGGACUUCAGCGACGUAGGCUGGAAUGACUGGAUAGUGGCGCCCCCUGGCUACCAGGCCUAUUACUGCCACGGGGAGUGCCCCUUCCCUCUGGCGGACCACCUGAACUCUACCAACCACGCCAUUGUUCAGACACUGGUGAACUCUGUGAACAACAACAUUCCCAAGGCCUGCUGCGUCCCCACAGAGCUCAGCGCCAUCUCCAUGCUCUACCUGGACGAACACGACAAGGUGGUCCUAAAAAACUACCAGGAAAUGGUGGUGGAGGGCUGCGGCUGCCGCUAACACACAAACUAGCAACAACUCGGACUGGCGACAUUGGAAAAAAAACAAAAAAACAUGGACGCUAAAAGAAAUCAGAAGGUCUUUACUCCCAAAAAUGUUCACUUGGACCCUUAUUUAUAACUUUUAUGUUGAGGUGUAUGUUUGUCUCACUUUUUUUUUUUGUUUCUCUGACAAUAUGAUCAUAUAUUUUGACAAAAUAUAUAUAUUUAUAUCUACAUAUUAAAAAUAAAUUGAGUCCUUAUUUUAAACAUAAAAAGCUGUACAACUUUUCAUAAUGUACAUUAGAUUGUAUAAGUUUUUUUUAUUGAGAAAAUAGUAAAAACAAUCUAAAAAAGUAAAAA